GAUUUGGGCUGCAAUGCAGAGUUUUGGGACCCUAUCGUUGUGUUAAUAUGGGGGUCAGUGUCUGGUGCGGCCACAGUACUUAAAGCCCUGGGGGGAAGACUUGGGAAGGUCAAAACCCCAAGCACACUAAGCAGUUUGACUAUCCGAUACCACCAGACCCGUCUACCUUCACAAUGAAGUCCUUCGUUGCCGCAGGUUUUCUCCUCGCCACCCUCGCCGAGGUUGCGCAAGGCCACUACAUCUUCCAAUACCUGACGGCGAACGGCCAGAAGGGGGCGCAGUAUCAGAACAUCAGAAAAAACACAAAUAACAAUUCUCCGGUCACGGUCUUGAGCGACACCAACCUACGCUGCAACGUAGGAGGCGCAUCAGGAAGUGCUACGACCGUUGUCUCGGUAGCUGCGGGCUCUUCGGUUUCCUUCACAGCAGACCAGGCUGUGUAUCAUCAGGGCCCUGUAUCCUUUUACAUGACCAAGGUUUCCGACGCGCCUUCCGCCGAUGGCUCCUCCGACUGGUUUAAGAUCAAGGAGAUCGGUCCAACAUUCAGCGGCGGCCAGGCGAAGUGGGACAUGAGCACGACCUACUCCGUGAACAUUCCAAGCUGCAUCGCCCCAGGUGACUACCUCCUCCGCAUCGAACAGCUCGGCAUCCACAACCCCGGAUCGCCCCCACAAUUCUACAUCUCUUGCGCGCAGGUCAAGGUAACUGGUGGAGGCUCAACGACACUUUCCCCGACAACGAAGAUUCCCGGCCACGUCAAGUCCACUGACUCGGGCUACACGGCAAACAUCUACAACCCCGACUUCAAGAGCUACGUUGUUCCGGGACCCAAGGUCGCGACUUGCUAAAUGAUUCAUGACGGUCUUGACGAGGGACUUGGUAGUUGUUGAUAUAUGACAUGCC